UUUCAGAUGAUAAUCGACAUCGAAUGGGGAGGUUUUGGUGACCGAGGUGAUGCUGAAUACAUACGAACGCAAUACGAUAGGAUUGUUGAUGAACGUUCCGAUCAUCCUGGUAGUUAUUGUUUCGAUAAAUUGGUUGCUGGUAAGUGUAUGGGCGAAGUUGUACGACUUGUACUCGAGAAACUGUGCACACUCAAAGUUAGCUACCUAUACACGAAUUGGAGAGCUAUUGCUUGUGUGCUGAAUCGAAUCGGUCAACCAAAGAUGAUUGUGGCCAUCGAUGGCAGUACCUACAAGUGUCAUCCGUUCUUCGAACACUGGAUCAGCGAAAAAGUGAAAGAACUACUUGACCCAGGACUGAAGGUUCCAUUUACUUUUGCUCUUUCUCCACCUGAAACAUGA